UCUCUUUAUAUUUUCAUUUCUUUCCCCAUAACUAAAGAGAGAAAAAACAAAAACAAAUAAGGGUUAGCGAUGAGAGGUGACGGCGGAGAAGAAGGAUCCGAGUCGGGAGUUCCACUGUUGAAAAGCCCUCACACGGCGGAGGAAGACGAAGGAGGGUUGAAGGAUAGAGUUUGGGUUGAGACAACAAAGCUAUGGCAAGUCGUUGGUCCGGCCAUAUUCAGUCGUAUAACGACGUAUUCGAUGCUUGUCAUCACUCAAGCUUUCGCUGGUCAUCUCGGCGAUCUCGAACUAGCCGCCAUCUCCAUCGUUAAUAACGUCAUCGUUGGCUUCAACUUUGGUCUCUUGCUUGGAAUGGCGAGUGCGUUGGAAACGCUGUGUGGGCAAGCGUUUGGAGCGAAGAAGUAUUACAUGUUGGGAAUUUAUAUGCAGCGUUCUUGGAUUGUUCUCUUCUUCUGUUGUGUCUUAUUGUUACCCACUUAUAUUUUCACAACUCCGGUUCUCAAAUUUCUUGGUCAACCCGACGAUAUCGCUGAGCUUUCCGGUGUUGUAGCCCUUUGGAUCAUCCCUCUUCACUUCGCCUUCACUUUGUCUUUUCCGCUUCAACGUUUCCUCCAGUGCCAACUUAAAAACCAAGUGACUGCGUAUGCGGCAGCGGUUGCAUUGGUGGUUCAUAUUUUAGUGUGUUGGUUGUUCGUGGACGGGCUAAAACUAGGAGCCGUGGGAACUAUGGCUACGAUUAAUAUCUCGUGGUGGGUCAACGUUUUGAUUCUACUAGUAUACUCCACUUGUGGUGGCUGUCCACUUACUUGGAACGGGUUAUCUUCCGAAGCCUUCACUGGACUUUGGGAAUUCCUUAAACUCUCUGCUUCGUCAGGCGUCAUGCUUUGUUUGGAGAAUUGGUAUUAUCGGAUUUUGAUUAUAAUGACUGGGAAUCUUGAGAAUGCCCGAAUCGCGGUUGACUCCUUGUCUAUAUGCAUGACUAUAAAUGGCUGGGAGAUGAUGAUUCCUCUCGCUUUCUUUGCCGGAACCGGUGUACGUGUCGCGAACGAACUAGGAGCUGGUAAUGGAAAAGGAGCAAGAUUCGCGACGAUUGUAUCAGUAACACAAUCGUUAGUAAUCGGAUUGUUCUUUUGGGUGAUAAUAAUGCUUCUCCAUAACCAAAUCGCUUGGAUCUUCUCUUCAAGUGAAGCCGUCUUAGACGCCGUUAACAAGCUCUCACUUCUCUUAGCUUUCACCGUUCUUCUUAACAGCAUUCAACCGGUUCUCUCCGGUGUCGCGGUUGGAUCGGGUUGGCAAUCCUACGUCGCGUAUAUAAACUUGGGGUGUUACUAUUGCAUUGGUGUUCCGCUUGGGUUUCUGAUGGGCUGGGGUUUUAAAUUCGGCGUCUUGGGGAUAUGGGCUGGUAUGAUAUUUGGAGGAACCUUUGUUCAGACAUUGAUCUUAGGUUUUAUCACAAUGAGAUGUGAUUGGGAUAAAGAGGCGCAGAAAGCAAGUGCUCGUGUUAACAAAUGGUCCAACACAAUAAAAUGAAGAUGAGUAUGCAAGUGCAAACUAUUAAAUAAUUUUUGCUUAAGAAAACUGGUGUAUGCUGUUAUCGAAAUGUGAAACAAUAUUAUAACUCUAAGCCGCCGGUUCGUAUAUUAUUAUUACAGAGUGUCUCUCUGCAAUUACCGCAAAAUAGGCCUUUGUGAUUUUUUGUUAUUUUUAGCAUGCCUUGUAAUUUUUAUUAGAAAAUUGUUUUACAUGUUGAACUGGUUUAAUUUUGAUUUCAAAUUUAAACAGUAACAAAGUAUUGGUUUAGGUA